AUGGAUAGGCCAGAAUCUUCCAAAGAACCACGUCAGCACGUUCGUGUGGCCGUCACACAAGCUGAGCCAAAAUGGCUCGACCUACAAGGCUCUGUCGAAAAGACUUGCGCCUUGAUCACUGACGCGGCUAAGAACGGUGCUGAGUUGGUAGCUUUUCCCGAGUGCUGGAUCACCGGAUAUCCUGCUUGGAUCUGGUCGCGACCCGUGGACCCGGACCUGACCUGUCGAUACAUUAAGAAUUCCCUUCGCACUGAUGGACCCGAGAUGGCCAAGAUUCAACAGUGCGCAGCGGAUAACAACAUUGUAGUUGUGCUUGGGUUCUCGGAGAAUUCACAUAAUACUUUGUAUAUUUCGCAGGCAAUUAUUGAUUCGAAUGGUAAAAUCUUGGCCCUUCGUCGCAAGAUCAAGGCUACCCAUAUGGAGAGAACCAUAUUCGGCGAUGCUUCUGGGGAUGCCCUCAAUAGUGUUGUUGAUACUGGCGUUGGCCGUGUAGGAGCGCUGUCUUGCUGGGAACACACUCAGCCAUUGCUCAAGUAUUAUCUCUACAAUCAACGUGAGCAAAUUCACGUUGCUGCAUGGCCACCUUUGUAUCCUUACAGAAGUGAAAAGGAGCUUUGGUCCAUGACUAAAGAAGGUGGUAGAUGCUUGUCUCAAACAUACGCCGUUGAGUCUCAAUCAUUCGUCCUACAUGCAACAUCGAUCAUCAGCGAACAAGGUUUAAAGACCAUGGGCACCGAGGGCAGUCUCAUAAUGGGUAGUCCUGGAGGCGGUAGCUCAGCGAUCUUUGGGCCUGAUGGAAGAGUUAUAUCACAAGACCUUCCAGAGAAUGAGGAAGGGAUCAUCUACGCUACGUUGGAUGUGGACGAGAUCCUAAAGUCCAAGAGCUUCCUUGAUGUAUGUGGCCACUACAGCAGGCCUGACAUGCUUUGGCUUGGUGUUAGCGCCGAGGUUAAGAAGCAUGUACAGCACCGAGAUUAG